CCGUGAGCGGGGAGAGCUGCAGUCUGAGGGCGGGCUCCCCGUGUGCGCAUGUGCGCGAACGGGCGCGCAGCGCUUGGCGCCUGCGCAGUGGUGGCGGGCGGGGAAUUUGGAGUGGCGACGGCGAUGCGUGAGGCGCUGCGCGGCCGCUCGGGCAACAGGCCGGCCCAGGGCGGCCAGCCCGGCCCCGUCACCUCCAUGGCGGGGCCGUGGGCGCACACCCGAGCAGCGCUGGACGGGCUGGAGAGGGCGCUGAGCUGCUCCCUCUGUGCCGGUGUGUUGCGGGAGCCCGUGUCUCUGGGGGGCUGCGAGCACGUCUUCUGUCUAUCUUGCAUAGGUGACCAUGUUGGCAAAGGGUGCCCGGUGUGCCACGUGCCAGCCUGGGUGCAAGACAUGCAGAUAAACCGUCAACUGGAUGACAUGGUCCAGCUCUGCAGCAAACUGCGGCGUCUCCUGGGUGCAGGCACCUCAGAUUCAACGGAAUCUACGUCUACACCAAUGUGCUCGGACUUAGGAGAAAACACUAAGAAGGGACAAAUAAAAAUGUGGUUGAGCCCAAGAAGUAGGAAGAUUCGAUGUGUCGUGAACAAGAAUCAGCCUAAGCCUAAGAGUAAUGACCCUUGUCAAGACCCGUCUUCAGUUUAUCAUUUCUUUCCUUCCCCUGUUCACGAGAAGCCCUCCAAACCAACAAAAAAGCAAACCCAGAGGCAGAGUAAGAAGAUGAAGAAAAAACGCCUAGCAGACGUGAACAAACUGUGGGGGUUAGAGAAGCCUGAGCAAAAAGGAGGGGUUGAGGAGAAGACUUCCAAGGAAAAGUGUGUGACCAUUUGCAGUGAGCCUCUAAUCCUGUGCACUCCGGAAGCAGAUAGCUCCAAAGAGACACUUCAACAGGAAUCUGUAAAGGAAGCUGACUCUACCAGAAACUUGGAAGGAGUGGAAGUAUCUCCAGAGGUGAAAUCCUCAAAGGAGGGAGAUAAUGAUGAGGCUGUCUGUCCUGUACAAGUCAGCAAGGAAAAAAACUGUGCUGCAGAGAAAUUGCCAUCAAUAGAAAGCGAAGCAAUGCCUUUGAAACGUGGAAGGGAGCAAUCAAAACUUCCAGAUACUUCUCAGUCUAAAAGACGAAGAAGUGAGAGGAGCCUUAACAGGGACUCAGGCAGUCAGACUUCUUGCUCAGAGGACUUGUCUCAGGAUUGCCUUAUCCCCCAAGUGACCGAACCCAAGACACCUGUGCAGGUCUGUGGCAGUGUAAUGAAGACAAGAAGCUCUGCAGCAAGAAGUGCUCCUUCACUUCCAGAAUCUCCCUCCACUCCAUCUGCUUUGAAGGCUUGUAAUCAAGUAGGACCACCACAGAGUCCUUCUGUGUUCAAGUCCCCUGCUAGUAACACGAUUGCCAGAAGAAAUUACAAAGGGGAGACUUUGCUUCAUAUUGCUUCCAUCAAGGGUGACUUAGCAGCUGUUGAAGAGCUGCUGAAAAAUGGGGCAGAUCCCAAUGUUAAGGACAAUGCUGGCUGGACACCACUGCACGAGGCAUGUAACCACGGGCACCAAGAGGUGGUGGAGCUGUUGUUACAACACAAAGCACUGGUGAAUUCUACGGGCUAUCAGAACGAUUCGCCCCUUCACGACGCUGCCAAGAAUGGGCACGUGAGCAUUGUUGAGCUGCUGCUUCUGCAUGGUGCCUCCCGUGAUGCAGUUAAUAUAUUUGGUCUGCGGCCUGUGGACUAUGCAGAGAGUGAAAAGAUGAAGUCUGUGCUAAUGUUACCAGUCAAGAAUGAAUCAUUUUCAUUUAGCCAGCCCUCUGAGAGCCCAAGCCAGCCUAGAGAUGGACCUCUUGGUAUCCUGGGGAGCAGUCUGAGUUCAAAACAACAGAAAUUGCUGAACCAGCUAGCAGCAGUUCUGAAGGCUCGAAGAUGCACUGAAUUUAACAGCACAGUAACCCACGUUGUUAUUCCUGAUACUCCAAUGCCAAGGACCGUUAAAUGUAUGAUGGCUGUUCUGACUGGAAUUUGGGUCCUGAAGUUUGAGUGGGUACAAGCCUGUCUACAAAGCACAGUUCGAGAACAAGAAGAGAAGUAUGAAAUCCAAGGUGGCCCACGAAGAGGCCGGCUCAACAGAGAACAGCUGCUGCCCAAGCUGUUUGAUGGAUGCUACUUCUAUUUCUUGGGAUCAUUCAAAAGUCACCAGAAGAGCGAUCUUGUGGAGCUGAUCAAAGCAGGAGGAGGACAAAUCCUGGUUAGGCAGCCCAAACCAGACAGCGAUGUGACACAGACGAUCAACACGGUGGCAUACCAUGCAGAAUCUGCUUCUGACCAGAGAUUUUGCACUCAGUAUGUCAUCUAUGAUGCAUCUUCUAAAUUCAAACCGGAGAGAAUUGGUCAAGGCAAAGUCUGGUUUGCUCCCUCCAGCUGGAUUGUAGACUGCAUAAUGUCAUUUCAGCUGCUGCCUGUAAAGUGAAAGUCCCUGUCUCACAACUAAGACCUUUUAAAAAGUGGUGACGCUUCAGCAGCUAGAAAAGGCUGGUCUGAAGCUAUGAUUUAUGUUUUGCACUUGGUAACUCAUUUACAUGGUCAGAGCUCCUCUGUAUUCCAAGAUCGCUGGGAGAGGCUGGAAUAAAUGGCCUGACAAUGGCAUAGGGAAAAGAAGAUGCUGCAUUGAAAAGUUGUGCCUUGGAUUAUUUGCUAAGCUUUAUUUUUACAUUCAAUUCCCUGUAAUAAUCAUUGACAUUCUGCAAGAUUUUGCAAACUGAAGUCUUUUGAAUUUUGACUUAAAUCAAGCUUGGUUGGAUAUAGAGCAUGCCCCUAUUUCUUUUGUUUGGUCACUGUGUGUUGGUCUACUGUGUGUGGCAAGACUUCCCAGCCAGGACAGAACUUGUAUGUAUUAAAAAACAAAAGCCAUAUGCCUGUAUAGACACCGAUCAGAUGAUGUGUGAUGCUCCUUGUGACUUAAAAUUGAAUGUUGUAGGAAGUUCUUGGCGUAGGAUAAGCCUUGUAGAAAUCAAAGCACAACUAAUGGCCCGAAUUCAUUUGGAAGUUAAGUUUUGAAAGUGCAUCUGUGAAAAUCUUGUUCUAAAAUUAUUUGUAUCAGGUCAUGCUUUAUUCACUUCCAUCCAUUUUCUCUCUCGUGUGUGUGUAACUUGAAUUUAAUGCUGUUUUCUGAAGAUUUUUAAAUGUCAGAGCCUUUAUUAAAUUACAAUUAAAAAUUAUGUACUUAAAGAUUGAUUGCUAUCAUGGUAACAUGGAAAAAAUAAUUACAAAACAAUUAUGCCUUGCUUUGCAGCAUUGUAUUUGAAUGUACUUUGCUGCAUUGGAGCAGUACUUGAUGCUUGCUUACUUGUUAUGAUCGGCUUAAUUCCUUUCUCGAAUUGAUCAUAAGUUAUUGUCUGAAUUUUGCUUCUUGGGAGCUGUAAGCAUCACAUGGCAUGUAUUGCCUUUGUGAAUUCAUAACUUAAAGAUGUUGUCUUUUGCCACGAUGUGCAAUGAGAACGAUGGUUGUGGGGGGGGAAAAGACGAAGUUGUUUCUAUUGCUUGUAAUAAAACUUAGUGUCAGUCACCUCGAGGUGUCUCAUUGCAUGAGCUUAGCUGUGGAGCAAGUGCAUGGUUCCUAUGUGUGUCUCAACAGGUAAAUGGAAACGUUAAGUACUUUUCUGUGAACUUGAUAAGCUGUCAAGAUAGUAUCCUAUCUGCAAGCUCUGUAGGAUGAGUUGUUCUGUGUAAUCGCUGCCACUGGAGAUCCCGUGCAGAUUUUAAAUAUCCUCUGUAGAGCUGUUGGAAAUACACACUUCAUGGAUAAUAGGUGUAGUUUUCAAUGGCUUCUACUAGAAUUCAGCAGCUGGAGUGUCUUGCUCUAUCACUUAUGCUAGACCCAAUCAUUGCUCUUCACUAAAUGCAGUUCUCAAGUACUUGCAGGUCUGUGUGAGCAAGCAGAAAUGUGAGGCUCAUUAACAAAUGGAAUAACUUACAGGAUGAAUGUGUUUUGGGUUUUUGUGCAGAUAAACACUGGAAGCAAAUCAGGUACUGAGUCAAUACUGCGUAGAUGUGGUCGUUUAUUUUAACAAUUGUAGCACAUUUUAACUGGAUGUUUCAUAACACAUCAAUACACCUAAUGGGGUAUUCUUUGCAGGAGUAACAGUCUCUGCAGAAUUCUGAAGCAUGGAGCUUUUCUUGCUAUCCACAAGGAAGGGAUUUGGCACAUCAGGAAACUCUUCCUGUGUUCUUUAUGUAUAGGCAAUAGAUUUACAGAGCUGUUGUUCCCUGGCAGCUGAAAAGAAUCUGUGCUAGAAAUCUGCCUUUUUUUAUUUUAAAGCCAUACUCAACUUGUUGCAAAUUUGCUCACUUGUAAUUUGAUUCCUUUCAAUCAGGUAAUGUUAACAAGAAUAGUUACUAUCAAAGCAGCGAGUUUUGUUUUCCUAACUGAUGUACACUCAAUGCUAUCUCUGGCCUAUUUGUCUAUCCUUCAAGGAAUGGGAGUUUGGGCCUGAAUCAGCUUACGGGCAGUCCUGCAGCACAGGAAGAAGGAGAUUUUGAUGCCAGAAUUGAAGCAGUUGUUGAACACUGCUGAGGCAAUUGGUAAGGAUAAAAAACAAAGCCUGAAGUUCAUUGGUGCAGGCUGCUUAAUUCAGUGCUGCUAAUCAUAAGCAGAGGUAAAGCACUUGAUUAAAGCACGUUUGAAAAAAGUCUUGUAGUAAGGAUAAAUCAAGCUCCUCAAGCCAGUGACUGGAUUUUGGCUCACAAAAACAAGGUUAUAAAACCAUGAGUCAUGGAGCAAAGGGUGUGCAGGGGUCAUUUUUCACUGCCUUGAAGUGAGGGUGCAUUAAAGUAAGUAGGAGGCAGGCUCAAAACAAAAGGUAUUUCAUAUGGUGUCAGCACAUAUAGAGGCACAGACAGCCGUGCUCCCUUUGGGGUGCUGUGAUAUUUUGGCAUGGCAUGGAGUAGGGAGAUCAUCAGCAAACACAUUAAAGGUGGCUAACAAAUUUGGUUAUAGCGUCUAUUUAGCGUCCUGAGAA